GUGAGCGUAAAUCCUCUUACACUUGGACGAAACCCAGGACAGAUUAAACCGCAACGCAACCAUCGCACCCGACCGGUGUGCCAGCAAACGCCGCUCUCUACCUCCUCUUCUCCUUCUACCUCACUCUUCUGUUUUCUUCUCUGCCUCGGCUCACAUGCACCUGCGCCCGCUCCAGACAGCGCUCCUGCCUCCUUUUCUUCUCGAGUGUUUCUUCAUCCUGCACUCUCUGCUCUCCUCCGCUGGCAGCGCUCCCAGUCUUCACCUCUCCCUCUACUGCUGCUGAUCUCUCUACUGCUGAGAUGACCAGGCUAAAAGCCUGAGGGAGGCAAGGGAAAUCAGAAAAGUGGAAAGGCAAAGAAUCAGGAAGAAAAGGAAAAGGAAGAAUAGCUUUUUUACUUAAGAGAAAGGCGGGUGGGGGGGUCAGAACUGUAGUAGUGGUGGAGGAGAAAGGGGCAGGGAGGAAGACGGAUAGGGAAGACUGCAUUCAGUCCAGAGGAAGACAAAGAAAGCAAAAGAAAGAGAGACUCAAGACUGAGGGCCCUGGAGAGAGAGGGUCAUGAAGGCUCUCCUGCUGUUGGUUCUGCCCUGGCUCAGUCCAGCAAACUAUACUGACAAUGUGGGCAACCUGCACAUCCUCUACUCAGAACUGUGUAAAGGAGCGUCACACUAUGGCCUCUCCGCAGAGAGAAAGCGGCGCUCUCAGGAGGGAGAUUGCACAGAUAGCACCUCAGAACUCACUGUGGCGGCACUGCCCGGGGAGGGAUGCCCCUCCUCUGCUAUUGCCCUCCUAUCAGACGAGCCUGGCCUGGUUAACCCCGCCUAUGAGCCCAGUAUGGAAGAUAACAGCCAAUCAGGGAGCACCACCAGCCUGGCAGCACGCAGCGGUUCCAGGAAGAGUGAGUAUCGCAACUUUGACAGAACUUCGGUGCGUAGUCGCUCUUUUCGGCGCCUGAAUCGAGCCUUUAGUGUCCUGAGGAGGACCAAGAGUGGGACAGCAGUAGCCAAUGACACCUCAGAGGAGCGUGACAACCUCAGAAACGCCAACAUACCACCAGAGGUAUUUGCAUUACCCCAGCUGCAUCAUCUAAUCCCUGAUGGUGAGCUCACCAGUAUUAAGAUCACCAGGGCAGAUCCUUGUGAACCUCUGGCUAUCAGCAUUGUCGGGGGCAAUGAGACGCCUCUAGUACGCAUUCUCAUUCAGGAUAUCUACCGAGAGGGGGUCAUCGCUCGGGAUGGAAGACUGCUACCUGGGGAUAUGAUCCUCAAGGUGAAUGGUAUAGACAUCAGUAACGUGCCUCACUGUUAUGCCGUGGCGGCUCUGAAGCAGCCCUGCACACUGCUGCGGUUGACCGUACUGCGCGAGCAGCGCCACCGUUACCGUUCCCACCACCACUCCCCCACGGAGGCCUUCCCCACACACACCCCCACCAUCCGGGAUGACAGCCUGCAUGUGGUCCUUGUUAAGAGGGCCCCAGAUGAACAGCUGGGCAUCAAGCUGGUGCGCAGGCCUGACGAACAUGGCGUCUUCAUCUUUCACCUGCUGGAGGGGGGGCUGGCCGCCCGAGACGCAAGGCUGAGGGUCGACGACCGUGUGCUGGCCAUCAACGGCCACGACCUGCGAUACGGCGCCCCCGAGCAUGCCGCGCUGCUUAUUCAGGCGAGUGAGGACCGCGUCCACUUCAUUGUGUCCCGCCAGACUCACAUCCCUACUCCGGACAUCCUACAGGAGGCACCAUGGAACAUGGAAGGGCCACCGCCCUACUCGCCUGUGGAUAUUGAGCAGUCUUUACUGGAUUCGUGCCAAAAGCCUGCGUGUUACGAGAAGACGGUGACUCUGUUGAAGGAGCCGCACGAUUCUCUCGGUAUGACGGUUGCCGGUGGGAUGAGCAGCAGAGGGUGGGAUUUGCCAGUCUAUGUCACCAACGUUGACCCCAAUGGAGUGGUGGGACAGGAGGGCUCGAUCUGCAAAGGUGACAUUCUUCUAAACGUGAAUGGGGUUGACCUGACGGGUGUGACUCGGAGCGAGGCUGUGGCUAACCUGAAGAACACCUCAUCCCCGGUGGUCCUGCGGGUACUAGAAAUGAGACCCCCUAAUGACAGCUCCCUGGACUGCAUGCCGCCCCUGCAUUCCCCCUGCGCUCUCUCGCCCUCUUCACCCGGAGACACCAAACUACCCCCGCCUAAUGAUGACUACGCCCCCCUCUGGGUGUCCUGGCUCCAGCUGCCCAGGCAUCUAUACUGCUGUAAAGACAUUGUCCUCCGCAGGAGCACGUCUGGCAGUCUGGGUUUCAGUAUUGUGGGUGGACAAGAAGAACUCAACUGUAACCAGUCCUUCUUCAUACGCUCUAUCGUAGAGGGCACACCGGCCUACAACGAUGGGAGGAUACGUUGUGGGGACAUCCUGCUGGAGGUGAACGCCAAGAGUACCUGGGGAAUGACACACACGGCUCUAGUCCGCCUACUCAAGGAGCUGAGGGGUCGGAUCACUCUCACCAUUGUUUCUUGGCCUGGCAGCCUGCUAUAGGACUACUCUGCAUGGGGGAGGGGCUUAUUACACUGACCCCACACUAGGGGGUGGAGCUUACACUACAGACCUUAUAAUGACAACAAAAAUGGUGGAUUUUCGAAUCUGAGACUUCCUUAAAAGGUUGGGCUUAAGACACGGACUGCCCCUCCAGGAGCAGGAAAUGAAACAUGGACCUCAUCCAGGUAGUAGGAGCUAAGACUCUAAACCUGAAGGCGAAGCCAACAACACAACUCCACCCACCAAGAAGCACGUUCGUCAGACUCCAAAACCAGGAGGCGCUUUCACAAUUGCCCUUUUGUCGAUCGGCAAGGCAUAAAUAUGACAUUUGUGCAUGAGAGGAGCAUCAUCUUGGUUGUAGACAGAAGGCGGAGCUCUAAAUCAGUACUGAAGGACAUGGGAGGGUCUAAAAACAAAUUCAGGAAGCACGGAGGAGUCGGAAACAGAUGUUAUAAAGAUUUUUGGCACUGUGCUCUAUGUAGUCAGAUUGUGUCACUCUAAUGUUGUUCGUAGAGGACGUUCAAGAUGCUGCACAUGAGAGGGGUUUCCUUGAGAAGCGAGGUGAAAGGGAUACUGGGAUAAGUAGGGUUUGGGCGGGGGACACACAUUGCCAAUUCCAUUAUAUUUACAUGUUAGAAAAUGCAUCGAAGUGGACGCACAUUCUUUACUAUAAACGUCGAUGUCUGAAAAGAUGAUAACGAAACAGAUUCAAG